AUGUCCUUUCUGAAUAGCCUAAAGAAGAAACAGAGUUGGUUAAGCAUAACAGCUGAUGAAAAUUAUAAUGAUGUUACUUAUUCUAGUUUGGAUAAAUCAAUACCCUUGAGUGAUACUGAAUCAAUAAGAUCUGGUCUUGUAUUUGAUACAUCGCAAAAUCCAUUCAGAGAUCCUGAAGUUUCCAAAUAUUGGUCUAAAGUUUAUGAAGAAGCUGGCUAUGAAUGUAAUCAUUUAUUUGACCCUGAAUUUUAUUGGACUGAUGAAGAAGAAAAACAAUUGAAAUCAAAAUUAGAUUGGAAAGUUACAGCUUUAGCUUGUUUCAUGUUUGUUGGAUUACAAAUUGAUAGAGGUAAUCUAGGUCAAGCUGUUUCGGAUAAUUUAUUGGGUGAUUUGGGAUUAACAACUGCUGAUUAUAAUAUCGGAAAUCUAAUAUGGAGUGCAUCAUUCUUGAGUGCAGAGUUACCUUCAGGUCUAAUAGCAAAAGCACUUGGUCCAGAUGUUUGGUUACCAGUACAGAUGAUCCUAUGGUCAAUUGUUGCUAUAGCACAAGCUGGCUUAACAGGGAGAACAUCAUUUUUCAUAACGAGAGCUUUGAUCGCAGCUUUAGAAGGUGGGUUCAUACCGGAUAUUGUUCUUUGGCUAUCAUAUUUCUUUACAUCUGAAGAAUUAUCAGUUAGAUUAGCGUUGUUUUGGACAUCAAGCUCAUUAUGUCAAGUUUUAACAGCAUUAUUAGCAUUUGUUUUAUUGAGAUUGAGAGGAUUCUUGGGACUUGCUGGAUGGAGAUGGUUAUUCAUGAUUGAAGGUAUAUUCACAUUAGCUAUAGGUAUCGCAUCAUAUUUUUUGAUGGUUCCAUCUGCAGCUGAAACUAAAACUAAAUGGAAUCCACAAGGUUGGUUCACUGAAAGGGAAGAAAAAAUUGUUGUCAAUAGAGUUCUUCGAAAUGAUCCAUCAAAAGGUGAUAUGCAUAAUAGACAAGGUUUAUCUUUUUCAACAUUAUCAAAAUCCAUACUAGAUUAUGAUUUAUGGCCAAUUUAUGCUUUAGGAUUUAUUGCAUUCAUUCCAGUUUCUGCUACAGAUAAAUAUUUCACAUUAACAUUGAAAAACUUGGGAUUUAGUACAUUCACUACAAAUUUAUUAACUAUCCCAUUCAAUUUGUUUCAUAUUUCUUUCUUAUUAGGAAUCACUUGGCUAUCUGAGAUUGUUCAAAAUAGAUCAUUGGUAACUUUGAUAAACCCAAUCUGGUCAUUACCGCUACUUGCUAUAUUGACAUGGUGGGAAGGUGCUUUUAUUAACAAAUGGGGUACAUGGUUAGUCAUAACGUUAUUAUUAUCCGUCCCGUAUAUUCAUGCUAUAAAUGUUUCUUGGUGUUCAAGAAAUUCAAAUUCAAUUAGAACAAGAGCUGUAUCCGCUGCUAUUUAUAACAUGUUUAAUCAAGCUGGUGGUAUGGUUGCUUCUCAAAUCUAUCAACCAGAUGAUGCACCAUAUUAUCAUAAAUCUAAUAAGCAUUUAUUCUUCAUUUCAGGGUUGACUUUUCUUUUAAUUAUUUCUAUAAAGAUUUAUUAUUUAUCAAGAAAUUCAUAUAAAGAAAAAAUUUGGAAUUCAAUGACUGAUGAUGAACAAAUUGAAUACAUUCAUAACACAUCUGAUGAGGGAAACAAGAGACUGGAUUUUAGAUUCGCUAGUUGA